AUGUGGAUCACGCAUCUGCUCAGCGUUUCACCGAACAAUGGUUUUGCAACUUACAGUAAUCAUCGAUCGGCAAUAAACAGCUUUUUCAGAGAUUUUCAGAAAGACCUACCGGUGGAAUUCAAGAAUGCUCUUCAAGAAUUCUAUGUUGGCCUCAAGAAAGAUCUGAAUCAGAUGGAUGCAACGGGUGUACUGAAGAUAACAACAGGCAAAGAACCUAUGAGCAUGACAACCUAUCGUUUGUUUUGCAAAACCAUGAUGUUUUCCGACAAGAGAAAUUACAUUUUCGCUCGCACCUUUCUCAUCAUUUGUUGGAAUCUUAUGUGUCGCGCUGGAAACGCCGAAUCUAUUCAGUUCAACCACAUGUGCUGGAAUGAAGAUCAUCUCCAAAUUUUCUUUGCUCACUCGAAAACAGAU